CAAGCCGACAAGAUGAGGGGCCAUUUUUUCGCCAGGCACCUGCUACCUUCUCAUCUCUUGCUCUCUUCUAUACCUACACUGUCAAACUGAACAUGGCGUCCCUCAAGAGAAGCCCACCUUUCCGCGCUGAGCACGUUGGCUCAUUGCUCCGUCCCCAGGAGCUUGUGCAAAAGCGUUACGAUGUCGCCUCAGGCAAAGCUCAGCCAGACGAGCUUGUGCCUUUGGAAGACAAGUCUGUUGCAGAGGUGGUCAAAUUCCAGCAGGAUUGCGGACUCAAGGUCGUCUCGAGCGGCGAGUAUACUAGGCAUAUGUUCUGGGGUACCUUUUUUGAAACACUUCACGGCAUGAAAGAGCUACAGCUUGGCGUCCUCAAGGGCUACAACAAGGAUAUGUUUCGCGCUUAUGCGCCGGACGUCAAGUCGUUUAUGGAAGCAAAGGAAGUACCCAACCACGUCACUGUCUGCGUCGACAAGAUUAGACACCCUGGAAAAUCCAGCAACCAACGAGAAGUUGAUUUGAUGAAGAGCCUGCUUCCUGAAAGCGAAUGGAAGAACAUCAAAAUCACGCUCAUCUCGCCAUCUUGGUACCAUUUCCGUUACAUGAAUGGCUCAGCCUACCCUAAAGAGGUGUACGCGAAUGACGAGGAGUAUUUUGACGAUGUUGCCAAGGCGUAUCAAGAGGAGCUCAAGAUCCUUCACUCGCAGGGAAUCAGGAAUAUCCAGAUUGACGACCCCAAUCUUGCCUAUUUUUGCUCUGACGACAUGCUGGCGGGCUGGAAAGCAGACAAGACAAACAGCAAGACUGCCGACGAGAUGUUUGACUCGUAUGUAAAGUUCUACAAUAAGUGCUUCGAGCGGCCCGCGGACAUGCAUCUCGGCAUUCACUUGUGCCGCGGCAACUAUGUCGGAAGCCGACAUUUCAGUGAAGGCGCUUAUGACCUUAUCGCAAAGAAGCUAUUCCAGGAUCUCGACGUUGACACUUACUAUCUUGAAUACGACACACCUCGCGCCGGAGGUUUUGAGCCGCUAGAGCAUCUUCCAAAAGGCAAGAAUGUUGUCCUAGGCGUUAUCACCUCCAAGUUCCCUAAGCUCGAAGACAAGGACGAGAUGAUUGCCAGAGUCAACCAGGCUGCGGAUUGGAUUGCAAAGGGCACUGGUCAGUCACGCGAGGACGCGCUCAAACAGUGCUGCGUUAGCCCACAAUGUGGUUUUGCAUCACACGCUGAAGGUAAUGCAUUGGGUUAUGAAGACAUGAGGAAGAAAUUGCAGCUUGUCAGGAGCAUCGCGGAUGCUGUGUGGCCCGGGGAGCCUUAGGCGCUAAGGAAGCGAAAAAGAAGAGUCUAAGACACUGCUGCGGGGGGUCUUGACACAUACUGUUAGGGGAAGCAGUGCAGGAGUAGUGAAUUCGAACCGAAUGCCGAGUUCAACAUGGCGUUUUUAUGGGUAGUUCUAUCGGUUUAGGUGGCGGCAAGCGAGUCAGGUUGGUGCAUUGUGUGGCGAAGAAGGAGAGGGACAAAAAGGAAGACGAAGAUGAAGACGACGACGCCUGUUCAACCAUUUUGUCAACGUCGC